UGUGCAACAGGUUGAUUUCCAAACGAAGCAGACAUGGCGAGGUUUAUUUUAAAAUCGUUUUUCAUCAUUAUUUUACUCUCAUAUUUAACCCUUUUUAAUAACAUUAAUUUUAUCACAGCCAACGACUCUUGGCUUUGGCCCAAUGAAGUAGAUAAUCAAAUUGACCCACGUCCGUCUUGGACCGAGAAACCGUCUCCGCCGUCUGAUGAUAAAGGCCUUAGCCUACGACAAGAGGGUGCUGAUAUUAUUUAUCAAGAUAACCCUAUGCUUGUAGCAACGUUAAGCCCCAUCAGAAAUUCUUCCGUCUGGCACAGACUAAAUCCAAGCCCUAAGAAGCCUACGGCUAUCUUGGCCGAACCAACCGGCAACGGCAGCUUUGCCAACUCUAAGAAAUUACAGUUCAUCACUAAUAAAAAUCCUGUGAAUAUGGACCUUCACAAACGCCCAUUGAUUGAUGUCAAAGACUGGAUAUUCCCAGAGGAAAUUUCAGAACGAAAGUCGGAUUUAAAAUGUGCAGAGUACAGUAAAGCAAUAGAAAAACGGGACGUAUGGAUUCUUGCCGGUACCUGGUCUUCGCCCGUAUCGACGAGAAAAACUAAUCGCCAAAACUGUAGGGCACUGCACAAUCCUCUGAUUAUUGGAGGACUUACUGCUCGUCCAGGUGAACUUUCUCACAUGGUCGCACUCGGCUGGCUAUCCGAGAACAAUGAAGCGACCUUUCUUUGCGGAGGCAGUCUGAUAUCCAAUCAAUGGGUAAUCACAGCUGGUCACUGUACUCACGGAUCUUCAGGUCCCCCGAAGAUCGUACGCAUUGGGGCUCAUCAUUUGGGCGACGACACAGCUGGGAAAGUGAUAGGGGUGCGGGAAAUUGUUAGACAUCCAUCUUACAAACCUCCUGCAGUCUAUGCUGACUUGGCGCUUCUGAAACUGAAUGAAACCGUGAGAUUUGGGCCGAAUAUAAAGCCUGCGUGCUUGUACACCGAGUUUGAUACUACCCCGAUCCAAGCUUGGGCGAGUGGCUGGGGUGUAACGGGGAUUGGCGAAGAGCCUAGCGACGAUCUGUUGAAAGUUCGUCUGGAUAUUGUGGGCAAUGUGGACUGUGCUCUGCGAUUGAAUCGUUCAAUCGCUAUUCCGAGGGGGAUUGUGCCGAGUAUGUUGUGCGCCGGAGAUGUCAACGGAGGGUGGCAGAGCGAUACCUGCCAAGGAGAUAGCGGGGGUCCUUUGCAAAUAUUGCAUCCUAAGCAUAAAUGUCUCUAUCAAAUAGUUGGCGUUACGAGUUUCGGCCGUUUAUGUGCACUCAAAGAUUCACCGGGCGUUUAUACAAGGAUAUCUCACUACCUGGACUGGAUAGAGAGGGUUGUUUGGCCUGACAAAAAUCGUUAGAGGAAAUACAUCGACAUGAUUUGGCUGUUUUCGUUUCAAUACCUGCAGCGGUUCUUUAACAAUCAAACAAAAACAGAAAACAGUUGUGUUGUUUGACGAGAAAACAUGAUGUUUACCAUACAAACAUCUGUAAGGAAAUGCUUGGAAAAACUACUGCUUAACUAUGUUUUAAUUACUCUGUGUUAAAUUGUUUCUCUAGAAUCAAUUUACAAUGUGGGUAGAUGGAUAAUUAAUAUAUUGCCGAACGUCAUUGCUGUCGAGUAAUGUAAAAUAACAAUGGAAAACAAUUUCUUGAACGGAAAAAAAUAUAUGCAGAUUAUUUUUAUAAAAUU